UAGUUCUCUAUGUACUGCGCGUUACUGUACAUUGUGUACGCCGUAGCAAGUAGACAAAUGUUCGCGACGAGUGUGGUCUUGCAUGAGAUUGACGGGUUGUAGCGCGACUUGACUGACCCGUUAUUGACUUGAAACGUUAAUCCGGGAUCGGGAAUUCUCGUCGCGCGUGUUGCUUGCGGAACCGCGAGACCGUACAAAUGGUGCGACUGCCGUGUAGCACAUAUGCCAGGCUGUUGAGAUCUUGCGAGGUCUCCUAAGGGAAGCGCCUUUGACGAGCGGUAUCAGCGCGCGACUCCCCGGAAAAGCGGAUUCGGCUGGCCGAAAUGGCAGAGAACCAGGACAAUUCGUCAAGUCAAACCGGCCAAGGUUCUGGCAGACCCUUCACUCUUCAGCGAUUGGAUUUUCGAACAAACAAUGACGUUCAGAACGAGAUGUCAGAGAAAAGAAGACAGUUGAAACUUAGUUUUCAAACGCAAGGCAGCAAUCUGUCAUUUGCCAAUUCCACAAAUUCUUCCUCCUUGUCAAAUUCAACAGGAGCUACAGCGUGUCCACCCAUAUCCUCUCGCCCAAGUCUGCCUUUACCUAAGCUGCCAGUCAGACCUCGCAAUAUGUUACAGCAGCAAGAGUUUCUUCCUGAUAAGGCUAGGGACAAAUUGCGAAUGUGCCAGUCCAUGCAAACUACUGGUAAACUGCAAAUAUCCCCAGAUGUGGUGUAUGACUUCACAAGUGAAGACCUUCAAGAUCUCGGUGAGAUAGGAAGGGGAGGAUUUGGAACUGUAAAUAAGAUGAUACAUAGGAUAAGCAAUACCGUUAUGGCUGUGAAGAGAAUUCGCUCCACUGUGGACGAAAGAGAACAAAAGCAACUAUUAAUGGACUUAGAAGUUGUGAUGAAGUCAAACGAAUGCCCGUGUAUCGUGCAGUUUUAUGGGGCUUUAUUUAAAGAGGGAGAUUGUUGGAUUUGCAUGGAACUCAUGGACACGUCGUUAGAUAAAUUUUAUAAGUUCAUCUAUGAGAGAUUAAACGAGAGGAUACCGGAAUGUAUUCUAGGCAAAAUUACGGUGGCCACUGUAAAAGCGUUAAAUUAUCUCAAAGAGAAGCUGAUGAUAAUCCACAGGGACGUGAAACCUAGUAAUAUUUUACUGGACCGACGUGGUAACAUAAAACUGUGCGAUUUUGGUAUAUCCGGCCAACUCGUAGACUCGAUCGCGAGAACCCGGGACGCUGGUUGUAGACCAUACAUGGCUCCGGAAAGGAUAGACCCACAACGGGCGCGUGGCUACGAUGUGCGGAGCGACGUGUGGUCGCUGGGUAUCACGCUAAUGGAGGUUGCCACGGGAUACUUUCCGUACCCGAAGUGGAAUUCUGUCUUCGAGCAACUUUAUCAGGUCGUUCAAGGCGAUCCGCCACGGCUCUCCCCUAACGAGAACGGGAAUCACUUCACCAUGGACUUCGUGAAUUUUGUGAAUACAUGCUUAAUUAAGGAGGAGACUCAGCGACCGAAGUACAAUAAACUGCUGGAACACCCGUUCAUUAGACGAGCGGAGGAGGCGACGAUCGACGUUGCGGCGUACAUCAGCGGCGUCCUGGACAAUAUGGCCAACAACGGAGUGACGCCGUUCACCGCCAAUCAACCUUAAGUCGAGAUGGCAGCGCGCGACAGGGCACGUCACGUCAUAGUACCUUGGUUUUUGCCAGUCCUUCGGACUCUCACUCUCCGAUUACCGUACAUGAAUGGAUUUACCGCACUCCCGAUGAUCUAGGUGUAGGUAGCGGAACCGACCAUCGUCGUCUUGCUUAGAGUCGUAUCGUCUUGUCAUGGUGUGACAACCGUGUAUCGCAAAUAGCGAAUAGAGGUGCGCGUCUGCGAGUUGGCGUUCGUCAAGAGUGACGUACGCGCGGUGAUCCAAAGGUUCAGUCCUCCUGUCUAAAUACGCGCCAAAGUGUACGUCAUCUCCCCCCCCCCCUCCGUUCCGUCAUCUCCAUCUCUUCUCUUGCCUCUCUCGUUCAAUACAAAAAUCUAGAUAUGUACGUCGUGCUCCGAAUAGAAAAGAAAAAAAAAA